AUGGACCCCUCCGUCGUGGGGAGCUCCCAGUUCGGCCAGCUCUUCCGCACGCUUCUCCCGGGUAGAUACGGCAACGUCCCCGAGCAGAUCUUCUCUCAGCCACUCGUUUACACGCCCGACGGCGACGACACUCAAUACGUCUACGUCGCGACAACACAGAAUAAUGUCUAUAAACUUAAUGCAAAGACGGGUGCCAUUGUCGCAUCCCGCAACCUCCACCUUCCUUUCCUUACCGCCGACCUGUCCGGCUGCUACGAUAUCCAGCCUCACGUUGGAGUUACUGCUACCGGAGUCAUCGAUCCUUCCACCAACACUCUUUACCUCACGGCCAAGACGUAUGCCGACCAGACCCAGCCGAACGUGGCCCAAGGCCGACCUGCUGGACGCUACUACAUCCAUGCACUGGAUGUGAACGACCUCAGCGAUCGUCCUAAUUUCCCCGUCGACCUGGAGGGCACCGUCGCGAGGAACAACCCGAUCCGAUCCUUCAACGGAGGCAUCCACCACCAACGGCCUGCUCUGCUCCAUGUUGGCAACUACGUGUACGCCGGCUUUGCUUCUCACUGUGUGCAGUACAACUUCACUGGCUGGGUCAUCGGUUGGGACAAGACGACGGGCAACAUCGUCGAGCGCUUCGCUACCCAGGGUGACGGCGUUCCCGCUAAUAUCGAGGGCGCGGGCAUCUGGAUGUCAGGUGGCGGCCUGUCUUCUGACGAUGCCGGCUCCAUGUUCUACGCCACCGGUAAUGGCUACGCCUCCCAGCUCAGCACCAUCCCCGUCAAUGGCCGCGAGCCCCCGUCCGCCCUGGAAGAGGCUGCUGUCCACAUGACCAUCAACGAAGACGGCAGUUUAUCUCUAGUAGACUUUUUCAUGCCCUGGGAGAAGCAAGCUUUGGACGGCGCCGACAAAGAUUUGGGAACCAGUCCUCUACAGAUUCUACCGAGCACCUUCUCCUGCGGCGACGUUCGCCGUAUUGGUGUGGUGACCGGAAAGAGCGGCAAGACCUACUGGCUCAACCUCGAUGACUUGGGCGGCUACCGUAAUGGCGCCAAUGGCCUGGAUAAUGUAAUUCAGGUUUACCAGAACGAGAACUCUGUGUACGCCGGCGCAGGCGUAUACCCCGGCGAGGGUGGUUACAUCUACAUCAAUGUCAUCCAGUAUCCCACCCACGUCUUCAAAUUCUCCUGCGAUGCUGGAGUACCCUCCUUCACCAAGGUCGCCGACAGCCCGAUGAACAACGCCUACAUCCUCGGUGUUAGUCACGGCACCGUCACGACCCUCAAUGGCCAACCCGGCACCGGCCUUCUCUGGACCACUGAUGUCCAAGGCUCGCAACUCAAGAUCUUCGAGGCCGUUCCCAAGGACGGCUACCUGAAUCUGAUCAACUCUUUUAGCGUCCCAGCCACCACCAAGUUCACGAGAGCCGUCUUCGGAGAUGGUAUCAUGUACCAAGGCACGACUCAGGGCUACAUUUACGCUUUCGGUUCGCCCGUCACGACUCCCGUCAACUGCACCUCUGCCAAUGAGUUUGGCACCGUCGACAUUGGUUCGGAGAGUCAGCCACGCACCAUCACCUGCACCGCCGUGAUUGGUGUCACUGUUGGUGACGUCGGUUUGGAUGCAACUGAAGGCUUUACACUCUCCGAGGUCCCCACGCUUCCUCUGACGUUGGCCGUCGGCCAAAAGUUCACCGUUAGCGCCGUGUUCAAGCCAACUACUGUUGGCCUGGUUUCUUCCGACAUCAUCGUCAAUACUACCAACACCGUCGCGGGCUACAGCCAGGGCACUCACGUCAGACUGACUGGUACUGGUGAAAGCGCCGACCCCUUGCUGUCCGUCACGCCUCCCACAAUCACUUUCCAGGGCGUCAUUGCUGGGCAAGGAGGUGGCACCGAUGAGAGUGUCAUCUUGUCGAACCAGGGUAACUCGGCGUUGUCCAUCACCGAUGUCCAAUUCUCCACGACCAGCGCCGAGGGCCCUUUCACUAGCUGGGACAAAUCAACAGGCAGUCUCACUGUCGGCAAGUUUACCCUUACCAAUGUUCCCACUACAAUUCCUGCCAACACGGCCGUCACUAUUCGCAUUGCUUUCGACUCUUCAACCAGCGGCACUUUCGGGGCUUAUCUUAAGGUUGCCUCCGACGGUGGAACCCAGGCCUUCACCAUUGCAGGUUCUGCAGGUCCUGCUCCUGUGGCUCUUGUCGAAUUCCAAACACCAGAUGGCACUGGGUGGGUCGAGUAUGAUGCAAACAAUAACUUCACCUUUGGCAACGUCACCGAGAACAGCUCCAGAGCUCUCAAGUUCCGCAUCACAAACAAUGGCGGCGAGGGCGCUGUCAAGCUUUCCCUCACCGUCUCGAAGCCGCCCUUUGGCAUCUCUGGUAUCAUACAGGCUGCCAACCUGGUGGAUCUUGCGGAGGGCACAGUUCUUGGCCCCGGCGAGAGCGCUACUGCCACCAUGAUCUGCACGGUGCCCAAGACUCAAUGGAACACCGACCCCUACACUGGUGUUGCGCCUUGGACAAUGAACACCAACGACCCCAACUUCGACAAGCAUUUCUUCAACUUUGAGUGCACUGCCGUUGCCGAGCAAGCGCCCCCUCUUCUGCCCAACGGCCAAGGCAAAUUGCGCUACAUCGGCUGCUAUAGGGAGAACAACCCAGGUCGUCAGCUCUCGAACCAGUUGUACGGUAACGCCGCAAACACGAACGCCAUGUGUAUCGCUGCUUGCGCAGAGAAGGGCUACGUUUUCUGUGGCACGCAGUACCACACUGAGUGCUGGGGUGGCCCGACGAUUCCCGUCGAAAAGGUUGAUGACCGCAACUGCAACUUCGAUUGUGGUGGCGAUCUCAACCAGAUUUGCGGUGGUAACGGGUUUGGUGAGAAUGAGGGCACUGGCGCUUAUAUCUCGGUUUUUGCCGACUCGGUACAAUGGGAUGGGAACACCACCACGCCUGCUCCGAGCCCCGACCCGGCGGGUCCUGAAGUCAACCCUGGCGUUGGACAAUAUGUGAGCCAGGGAUGUUACACCGAGGGUACCAACGAGCGCGCGUUGCCCUAUCUCAUUGCAACCGAGGAGAAGACUGUCAGCCAGUGUAUUGGGGUCUGUUCUGCAGGCAGAUACACGUACGCCGGAUUGGAGUACGGCGGAGAGUGUUGGUGUGGAAACGUCCUCGCGAACACCUCUAUUUCUGCCAAGGCCGCUGAAUGCAGCAUGCCAUGUGCAGACAACAGCACUGAGUACUGUGGUGGAUCAUCCAGACUCAACCUGUACAAGCUUGAAGGCGACCUGCCCGCGACAACCUCCAGCAGCGCCGUCCCGACCGGCACUGAGACCUCGACUGCUCCCACCGCCACCGUUCCUCCCACGAACGAACGAGUUGGUGACUGGCUCUCACAUGGCUGCUAUACUGAAGGUGAGGGCGUCCGCGCUCUGCCGGCCCGCAUGUAUGCCAACGACUCCUUGACUCUUGAGGUGUGCGGUGCUUUCUGUCAGGGUACCAAGUACUUUGGCACGGAAUACGGCCGCGAGUGCUGGUGUGGCGACGAAUUUGGCACUGGAAGCAUCCUCGCCGUGAACCAGAAAGACUGUUCCUUCCCUUGCGGUGGCGACAGCACGCAGUUCUGUGGUGGUAGUAACAGACUGAAUGUCUACAUGUACUCGCCCGAGGAAGCCAGCGCGGACUUGAAGUCUUCAACAGCGGCUGCUACCACAACGACUUUCUCGUCGUUGGUGGUCCCCACUAAUGGAACCGCAACCGCAACCGCCGCCGCUACAACCAGUGAGACUCUGUCUGAGAAUACCGGUUCACAAACUGCGGUCACUGUGAGCCGCACGGUAGAAGUAUCUACAACUGCCUCCUUUACACCAUCAAACUCUACCAUCACUAACGGCUUCGUAACUGCGGAGGCUGCAACAUCCACUCUUUCCGCGAGCAACUCCACCACCUCUUCGACGGUAGAGUCUGUAAGCAGUUCAUCCACUCUUUCUGCUGCGAGCCUAUCGGCUACUUCAUCAACUGCCGCCUCGCCAUCAUCCAGCGUCCUUUCCGCUACUACUUCCUCUGCAGCCACCACUACAUCGGCCCCAGCCACUUCCACCUCCACGACCACCACUUCCUCUUCGUCUGCUACCUCCACGCCGACCGGUCCCGUCAUUUCGCCCGGCAAUGAAAACUUUACUUACUACGGCUGCUUCUCCGAGCCUGAAGUUGGCCGUCUCCUCCCGACCCAGAUUAUCAACCAGGUCAACAUGACCAUCGACAUGUGUCUGAGCGCCUGCUACGAUAAGAACUACGCGGGUGUCGAGUAUGGCCGUGAGUGUUGGUGCGGCAACUCGUUGAACCUGGGCGGCGCCGACGAGAGCAAGCCGGCGGCCAAUGUGACGGGCACCGAGUGCUCCUUCACAUGCCCCGGGAACAGCACCGAAUUCUGCGGUGCCGGCGUACGGUUGAGUCUGUACAUACUUACCGAGGAGCUUGAGCGGCUGGAAAAGUCGAACGCAACGGUUGCGUUGAAGUACUGA